GUCGGAGGUGAGAAGACAAGUUUCCUGAAAGCGAUUCUGGGGGAAAUGAUGAUAAAAUCCGGCAAACUGCACAUACAAGGCUCAGAUAUUAUCUUUUGCCAGCAGGUGCCAUGGUCACCCAACAUUACCUUUCGAGAGAUUGUCGUUGGGCAGGCACCCUACGAUGAAGUAUGGUACACCACAGUUAUUCAGGCUUGUGUUUUGGAAGGAGAUAUUGAGUUGCUUCCUGAUCGGGAUAGAAAUAUCAUUGGAAGCCGAGGGAUCACACUCAACGGGGGACAAAAGCAACGACUUGCUCUUGCCAAAGCCGUAUACGCGAGAAAAAAGAUUAUACUGCUUGACGAUGUUCUCAGCGCACUUGAUAUCAAGACAGCAAAUCUGGUUUUAAAUCGCUUACUGGGUGAGGAGGGAGUAUUGAGAAAGUUGCAGAUCACUGUGGUUGGGGUAUCCCAUGCUGGUAACUUCUUAUGUUUGCCAACUUGA